GAAAGAAAAAGACUGCUGCCUUGUGAAUGGAAGCGUCCGUGUUAUUUUAGGUUGAAAAGAUACCCAAAUUUCUCAAAGAAAUAUAGAAAACUUUGAAAACAAGUCAAAUUUGACUCCCAAAGACAACAGCAGGGUCUCAACUCCAGUAGCCUACUGCAUGCCAGAAUGUUUUCUGUGUAUCCCAUCUGAGACGCAGAAUCUUCCAAGCAGCACUUGAAGGCGGCAGACGGGGAAUCUACCUGUGUACUUCCCUUCAGUCUGAUCGGAGAUCUGCGAGCCAUGGAGGGCGGAGGAGGACUGUCGGAAGAGGCCGUGUCUGCUGCAUGCAAAGAGGCAGACCCCAUCACCAGGGACUACAUGCUGCAGCAGACCAUGCUGCGGGUCAAAGAUCCUGUCAGAUCUCUGGACUUCUACACCCGAGUCCUGGGCAUGACCUUGCUCCAGAAAAUCGACUUCCCCUCGAUGCGUUUCACCCUCUACUUCCUGGGUUUCGAGAAGAAGUCCGACAUCCCGGCCGACAUCCGAGAGCGGACGGCGUGGACCUUCUCGCGCCGCGCCACCAUAGAGCUCACACACAACUGGGGUUCAGAGUCCGAUGAAAGUCUGUCGUUCCACAACGGGAACACCACGCCGAGCGGAUUCGGUGAGAAUUUUAACUGACUUUGUGUAAACUAGACUGGUAGUA